GUUCAGCAACACAAGAAGUAUCGUCUCGAUCGGUAUUAUGCCCAAGCUAACAGCCAAACAAACAAAGAAAGACAGUGGUGCCGAAGCACGAGCUUUCGGUCCUUUAUUCAACAAAGAUCUCGGUCAGCAUAUUUUGAAAAACCCUUUGGUAGCUCAGGGUAUCGUUGACAAGGCCAAUGUCGUGAGCUCGGAUACUGUUCUUGAAGUGGGUCCCGGUACGGGUAAUUUGACUGUGAAGAUCCUUGCACAGGCCAAAAAAGUCGUUGCUGUUGAAAUGGAUCCCAGACUGGCUGCCGAAUUACAGAAACGUGUGCAUGGAACUCCUGAACAACGUAAAUUGCAUAUUAUGCUUGGCGAUUUCAUGAAGACCGAACUUCCGUACUUUGACGUUUGUAUCAGUAAUACCCCCUAUCAAAUUUCAUCACCCUUGGUGUUCAAGUUGCUCGAACAUCGUCCUCUGUUUCGAUGUGCUAUUCUCAUGUUUCAGCGUGAAUUUGCGUUACGUCUCGUGGCGAAGCCUGGUGAUGAACUCUACUGCCGUUUGUCUGUGAAUGUGCAACUCUAUGCCAAAGUUGAUCACGUCAUGAAGGUGGGAAAGAAUAACUUUCGACCUCCUCCACAGGUGGAGUCGUCCGUUGUCCGUCUUGAACCCAAGAAUCCACCGCCACCCGUCGAUGCAAAAGAGUUUGAUGGUCUUUUGCGUAUUUUGUUUACGAGAAAACACAAGACUAUUGCAGCAAAUUUCAAGCAAACAACAGUGAUGAACAUGCUGGAACAGAACUACAAGACGUAUUGCUCUGCCCAUGAAAUGAUGGUGGAACCUGAUUUCGAUAUCAAAACCAAAGUGUUGGGAAUUUUGGAUUCGGUGAGCAUGGCAGACAAGCGUGCAGCAAAAUGUGAUUUGGACGAUUUCUUAAAGAUGCUGCUGGCGUUCAAUCAUGCUAAUAUUCAUUUUUCAUAACGAUUUUUCUCUUGUCAUCCAUCUCAUUCUUUCCGCAUCAUAAUUACUCAUGUUAUUCUAUGUAUCCAAAUGCAAUACAAUUAUCUGAUCCUUUCAAACAACAUAUCUU